CACCUCCCCUCACACAGCAGCGACCCGUGAGCAGCCCGGCUUCCCUUCCUGCUUUCCUCGUUGCAGUCUCAGUCUGAGUCAUUAUUACCGCCCCGCCGGCCGCGCCCUUCCUUCCCUUCCCUUCCCCCGGCACCGCCCAGCGCCGCCGCCCGGCCUGGGCCGGGGAGGAGGGGCGGGCGGAGGCGGCCGAUGGCGGCGGGGCCGAGCGCCGGGCUGCUGCCCUUCCUGAGGCUGCUGGGGCAGCUCAAGAGGGUGCCGCGGACGGGCUGGGUGUACAGGAACGUGGCGCAUCCGGAGAGCGUAUCCGAUCACAUGUACAGGAUGGCAAUGAUGGCCUUGGUGACCGAAGACAAAAGCCUUAACAAGGACAGAUGCAUACGAUUAGCUUUGGUACAUGACAUGGCUGAAUGCAUUGUUGGAGAUAUUGCUCCUGCAGAUAAUAUCUCAAAAGAGGAGAAACACAGGAGGGAAGAGGCAGCUAUGCAACAACUGACCCAGCUUCUAUCUGAGGACCUUAGAAAAGAAAUCUAUGAACUCUGGGAAGAAUAUGAAAACCAGUCUACUUCAGAAGCCAAGUUUGUAAAACAGUUGGAUCAGUGUGAGAUGAUCCUGCAAGCAUAUGAAUAUGAAGAGUUGGAAAACACACCUGGCAGACUGCAAGAUUUUUACAAUUCAACUGCUGGAAAGUUUGUUCACCCAGAAAUACUCCAGCUUGUAUCUUUGAUUAACACAGAAAGGAAUAAAAAAAUAGCUGCUACAUCUCAUCCACACUCCUAAGGUGUUUGUAAAUGUUGUAGCUGUAAUAAAUCCCUUGUUUUACA